AUGAAUUUCUUAAAUAAAAUAUUUGCAAGUUCACAUAAUAGAAGCUCUUUUUAAAUUGAAGAUGUUUCUGGUUCUGAAGAGGAUCAAGAUGAAAUUCCAGAACACUAAGAAAUUCCAUAAUUUAAGAAAUAAAAUAUCCAACAAUUAUAGAAUUACAAUUCAAGAAAGAAACCAUUACCUAAAAUGGGUUAAGCUGAUUUUUUAGCUAAAUAUGAUGAAAAUUUUGAAGAUGUAUUUGGAGAUAAACCUGUAUUUAAUGAUUAGCAUAAAGGAAAAAAAAGAAGAUAAGAAGAAGAAGAUGAUAAUGAUAAUGAAAAUGAUAAUGAGAAAAAAACAUCAAAAAAAAAAACUUAAAGUAAAGAAAGGAAAUAAUAAUCAAAAGAAUAAAAGGAAUCUUAAAAAGAUAAUAAGAAAACAAUAUCUAAAGAAUAAUAACCAAUAAUGGAUUAUAAAGAUGUUCAAUUAACUAUAGAUUAUAAAGAAUUUAAUGAUAUGAAAGAAUAUAAAGAAUUUAAAGAACCUAUUGAACCAAAAAUAUAAAAUAAACCAAAUAUAAGAUUACCAAAAUUCCCAAAAUAAAGAAAAAGGAUUGCUAAUAAUCAUCUUUCAACAUUAAGAUCAAAUUCUGAUGGACGAGAUAGUGUAAGUAAUAAAGAUAGAGAAUCUAUAUAAAAAAAUAAUAAAUAUAAUCCUAAUGAAAUUGCCUUACCUUAAACAACUCUACCAAAAUCAGAAAAAAAAUAAGAUAAAUCAAAAACCAUGUUUUUUACAUUUGGAUUAAAUAAUAAUAAUGAUGAUAGUGAUUAAGAAAUACAUUAGAAAAUAAAUAAUUUAUUUUAGGAUUAAAAAGAAAAAUAAUAAGAUCAAAAUGAAUAAAAUUCUAUUAAUUAAAUUUCAACAAAAAAGAAAAAUCCAGAAAAAAAAUAGAAAAAUGAAGAAAAAAAAGAGAAAAAUGAAAAAAGUGAAAAAAAAUAACGAAAAGAAAAAAAAGAGAAGGAAAAAUAAACAAUUAAUGGUUUUAAUGACAUUAAAGAAAUAUUGAGAAGUGUCAAUAGUAAAUAAAAUAGUGAAUAAAGAGAAACAAGGAAAUUAAAUAGUGAAUAAAGAGAGAAAAAAAGAGACAAGAAAAGAGGGUAAAAGUAAUUAAGAGAAAAUGAUGAAAAGAUUAUUACUAAAUCACCUUCUCCUGAAAUGAAACUCAUUUAAUAUGAAACAUAAAAAAGAGUUAAAAGAAGUUAAAAACGAGUAAUAGAGGAUUUGGAAAUGUUAAAUGUAGAUGAAUUAUCAUUAAAUCCAAAUAUUGUAGAAUGCAAACCAAAUUUAUAUUUAGAUUACGUUCCUGUAUAUGAUUGAUUGAUAUAUAAACAUAAUAUAAUCGCCUAAAUAAUAAAUAAAUUAAUUAUAAGAAUUUCUUAAAUGANGAUAAUGAUAAUGAAAAUGAUAAUGAGAAAAAAACAUCAAAAAAAAAAACUUAAAGUAAAGAAAGGAAAUAAUAAUCAAAAGAAUAAAAGGAAUCUUAAAAAGAUAAUAAGAAAACAAUAUCUAAAGAAUAAUAACCAAUAAUGGAUUAUAAAGAUGUUCAAUUAACUAUAGAUUAUAAAGAAUUUAAUGAUAUGAAAGAAUAUAAAGAAUUUAAAGAACCUAUUGAACCAAAAAUAUAAAAUAAACCAAAUAUAAGAUUACCAAAAUUCCCAAAAUAAAGAAAAAGGAUUGCUAAUAAUCAUCUUUCAACAUUAAGAUCAAAUUCUGAUGGACGAGAUAGUGUAAGUAAUAAAGAUAGAGAAUCUAUAUAAAAAAAUAAUAAAUAUAAUCCUAAUGAAAUUGCCUUACCUUAAACAACUCUACCAAAAUCAGAAAAAAAAUAAGAUAAAUCAAAAACCAUGUUUUUUACAUUUGGAUUAAAUAAUAAUAAUGAUGAUAGUGAUUAAGAAAUACAUUAGAAAAUAAAUAAUUUAUUUUAGGAUUAAAAAGAAAAAUAAUAAGAUCAAAAUGAAUAAAAUUCUAUUAAUUAAAUUUCAACAAAAAAGAAAAAUCCAGAAAAAAAAUAGAAAAAUGAAGAAAAAAAAGAGAAAAAUGAAAAAAGUGAAAAAAAAUAACGAAAAGAAAAAAAAGAGAAGGAAAAAUAAACAAUUAAUGGUUUUAAUGACAUUAAAGAAAUAUUGAGAAGUGUCAAUAGUAAAUAAAAUAGUGAAUAAAGAGAAACAAGGAAAUUAAAUAGUGAAUAAAGAGAGAAAAAAAGAGACAAGAAAAGAGGGUAAAAGUAAUUAAGAGAAAAUGAUGAAAAGAUUAUUACUAAAUCACCUUCUCCUGAAAUGAAACUCAUUUAAUAUGAAACAUAAAAAAGAGUUAAAAGAAGUUAAAAACGAGUAAUAGAGGAUUUGGAAAUGUUAAAUGUAGAUGAAUUAUCAUUAAAUCCAAAUAUUGUAGAAUGCAAACCAAAUUUAUAUUUAGAUUACGUUCCUGUAUAUGAUUGA